AAAAACCCACAAAAUGGAACCUUUUUUCUCUCUCUCUAGGAUAGGUUGAUGCUAGUGGACAGUCUCUCUCUCUAGCUAUCUUUCCCUUCUUUGAUUGAAAAAGGAAAGGCCGGUUUUCAUAUACUUUUUAACUUGUUGAGUUUCAUGUUAGCAGUUUAACAAUGGAGUAUUAGGUAGAAACAGAAGAGAGAUCUUGCCUUGCUUAUGGAUAAAGACCUCCCUCAUCAUGAUCACAAUAACACCACCUACUCACCUCCGGCGCCACCACCAACCAAGAAGCUUGUACCCGCCGGAGCUGCCGCUGCCGGCGGCGGCGGCGGCGUGGGAGAUAGAUUGAAGAGAGACGAAUGGAGUGAAGGAGCUGUUUCAAGUCUUCUAGAAGCUUAUGAAGCAAAAUGGAUUCUUAGAAACAGAGCAAAACUUAAAGGACAAGAUUGGGAAGAUGUUGCUAAACACGUGUCAUCACGUGCUAACUCCGGUAAGUCUCCUAAGACACAAACUCAGUGUAAGAACAAGAUCGAGUCUAUGAAGAAGAGAUACCGGUCGGAAUCCAUAGCUGUCGAUGGUUCUUCCUGGCCUCUUUAUCCCCGGCUUGAUCAUUUGCUCCGUGGCAGCGCCCCCGUCCCCGCCCCCGCUCCGAUUCUUCCUCUGCGGCUACAACCGCAGCUGGUGGUUGAACUUCCAUCUCCUCCUCCUCCGGCGACUACGAUCGCGUUAGAUUUACAUGGGUCUAACGGAAUUGAUAAGGCGACGACUACUAAGGAGGAUGGAGUGGUGGUAGGGACGAAUUAUGAGUCCUCCGACAAGAAUCCGGUGGAUACCGACAGCAGCACUCCGGCUCUUUACAGCAAUGGUGAUAAGGGAGGGGAAACAAAGAUAAGGAUAGAGACAGAAAGAAGACGAAACCACCGAAGAAGGAAAUCAUCUGAGGAGGAAGAAGAAGGGGAAGAUGACAAAGGUGCCGCCGGCGGCGGCACCGGUGGUCGGAGAAAUGGAAAGAGGAAGUGGGAGGUGGCGAAGAGUAUAAGAUGGCUGGCGGAGGCUGUAGUGAGAGCAGAAGAAUCAAGAACAGAAGCCAUGAGAGAAGUGGAGAGGAUGAGGAGUGAAGCAGAGACAAAGAGAGCAGAAAUGGAGUUGAAAAGAACAGAAAUUAUAGCCAAUACUCAGCUUGAAAUUGCUAGGAUAUUUGCAGGGGCUGGAAAAGGUAAUAUUGAUUCUUCUUCCUUGAGAAUGGGAAGAAAUUGAUCAUCAAGAUUCAAGAAUUAUUUAAAUCUAUGAUCUUAUAAUAUUGUUUAAUAAUCAUGGAUAAAUAAUUUUCAAUAACUCAUUUAACAUAUGAAGAGGAAGUAUGAUUAUGUAACAAAUUACAAAUCACAUCAUAAUUAUUUAUAUAUAUUGAGAAUUGAAU